CAGCGUCUUCAUUACAUUGAAGUUAAAAUGUCCUCAAUUCCUUAGAGCGGCCAGCACUCCCUUAAAGUCGGAGAUGUGUAUCGCAUUCAAAACCCUCUACUAGGUGGAGAUGACGAUGGCUUCUAUCGUUCGAUAGAGGGCAAAUUAAUUCCUCAAGACAAUGUGAAAAUAUUUCACAAGAAACCAAUACCCACGCCGAAAAAGAGGACCUCCUUGGCUAAUGAAGAUGGCGGUUACAUGCAAACUCCAAAACCCGAUAAACAAGCGCCUCCUUCAGAUCAAUCACAUCAAAACGAUACUGGCAAAAAGUCCGACAGAGAUCUGCUGAUAGAUCUAUUAGAAGCAAACAAAAAUAUAAUGGAAUCCCAAAAAGAGAUCAAGUCGUCAAUUGCAGAGCAUCAGAAAAUACUGAAUGUAGUGUUUGAAACACCUAUUUACCAAGAUUAUUACAAUUCAAAACUGACAGGGAAAUGCCAGCGACCACCAACAGACGAUAACAACGACUGCUACGAAACCGUAAAUGGUUAUUUGGUAGCUGGCCCAGGCCCAGUUGUUCCUCCCCGAGAUGACAAUGGAGAGGAAUCUGAUCAUCAUACCGAAGCAGACGAAGGGGAAUGCCAGCGACCACCAACAGACGAUAACUACUCCUGCUACGUGAUGAAGGGGGAAUGCCAGCGACCACCAACAGACGAUGACUACUCCUGCUACGUGAUGAAGGGGGAAUGCCAGCGACCACCAACAGACGAUGACUACUCCUGCUACGUGAUGAAGGGGGAAUGCCAGCGACCACCAACAGACGAUAACUACGCCUGCUACGAACAGAUGGAACCUCGACACAGCAACACAAUACACAAUGUAUAUUUAUAAUGCAUCAACUGUGAAGUGGACAUUUGAAAGUGGUGAAAUUUGAUUUGUUUUAUGUUUGUACAUACAAGUGAAAUCAAUUCCUCCUUUUUCAUUAAUCAAUGCAUACGAUAGAGUACUAUCCAGGAAACAUUAUCAGUUUUACUUCACAUGAGUAAUUUAAACAUUGUUUAAUACACGAGUAAGUAUGUGUGUAAACAUGAUAAUAGGUUUUGGCUUUGUUCGAUUAAAUUUUUAUUUUGCUAAUAGAGGCUCUAUCGUAAAUGGUCAAAAAGGCAACAUUCGGGAAAAAAUCUUGCACAAAUGCAAGUUUUGCAAAUUGUAAGUAUCAUUAAUACUGAAUACAAAAAAAACUGGUACAAUACAUGAAAUGCCAACGUAUGUUCAAACCUUGUCUAUACAGUCACUGGGAUUAGAGUGAAGUUGUGCACACAAACUGGUUUAAACCACCAGUAAAUUUACAUUUUACUGACCGUUCCAAGGCGGUACCUAACAAUCCUUGAUAAACAUACCUAGUUUUUUAUAUAUAGUAUGUAUGCAAUGUGCUAUUUGUGGAGUUUUGUGCUGUUCUUCCAUGUUUCUUGCUUGUGAUGUUUUUGUGUACUAUGUCUUUGGCGUUUACCCAGUGCCAUUACACCGGGUUUAUGUUUAAACUGUUUGCUACUGAGCUUGUUUAUUCAGUUUUUCACAUAAGUAUUUGAAUUGCGUUAGUUACAAGAUUAAUAUAAAAAUGGAAGGCCGCUUAUGUACAAUAAUGUUACAGAUAGUAUCACGUGGUAAUAUUGCAGGUGCUUGUGCUUAUGUAACCUAAUUCAGUGCUGAUUAUGUUUGCUUAAAUGUAGGUUUGUUUUGAGAUAAUCAUAACUCGGGAACAGGACUGUUGAAAACAUUGUUUUUAACAGUUAUAAUGUUGAUUUAAUUGGUAUAACAAUUUCGUGUAAACCUAUGAAAACGUAACUUAAAAUACAUCGUCGCCCGUUUGUGCUAUUUUACAUUCGUUACAAUUAUUGCUGGAUUUUAUUGUUAAUUCCUUAUCCGUCCUAUAACAAAACAGCUUGUAUGUAUCGAUUAAUUGAAAAAAAAUGCAUAAAUAACGUCUAUAUUUGUUUGGGUAUGUUGAAAUGGCCAAGAAGUUAAAGAUUCAAAACAAUAUAGAGGUAUACAUGCAUUUCUUCAAUUAAUCAAUAAGUACAUUUUUUUGUAAUAUGUCAAAUAAGUAUUUUAAAAAGAUUAUAUUACAUAGUCAAUACUAUACGAACAGGCUUUAGUAUAAUCUCGCAGUAUAUGCCCCUGUAAACAAACGCAUUUUUGUAAUCCUACGUGUCAUUUCGUCAGAGUAGUCUGUCACUUGUAUAUGUUUAAGGCACUGACACGUUUUGCAUCAAAGGAUUUUUCUAGUAUUAUAUC